AUGACGGUGCGAGUCACGGACAACGGAGCUGUCUCAGAGGCAUUCGCAGUGACCAACGGAGUGAAGCAGGGAUGCGUGCUGGCGCCCACCCUCUUCAUUCUUAUGUUCUCUGCCCUGCUGAUGGACACCUACGGUGAUGAACGUCCCGGGAUCCGCAUCGCCUACAGGACGGACGGUCACCUCCUGAAUCAACGACGGAUGCACUUCCAAUCGCGCGUAUCCACAACCACCGUUCACGAACUCCUCUUAGCCGACGACUGCGCCCUGAACACCACCUCGGAAGAAGCGAUGAAACGGAGCAUGGACCUGUUCUCCGCUUCCUGUGAGAAUUUUGGUCUGGUCAUCAACACGCAGAAGACGGUGGUCAUGCAUCAACCGCCACCCAACACAGCCACUCCUCCCAACGCACUGCCGCCGAAAUCAGUGUGA